AUCGGGGGGUGCACACAAACGCGCGCGCGUGUAAAUGCCCCCCCUCCAGCAUGCCUUUUGUUUACGCACACAGCUCGUGCGUUUUUUUGGUGAAGGUGUUAAAGAGGCGCUCUCCGUGCUGAUUGGGCGCUCAGGUUGGGAGUGAACGCCCUGCAGAUUAUGUCAGAUUGCGUGCAGAAACCAAACCAGCCCAGCCUUUGAACUUCGCCGCUUUUGGCUCGCGUUCACGCUCUUCCGCUCAUUUCCAAACCAGGUGCUCGACGACAAACCUCCGCCAGAGCGGGGAGAGAGGGGGGCGCAGAAUCCGACCGCAGCGCACCGGACACUUUUUAUGACUACAGCAGCAAAGUGCGCGCGGAACGCGGCCGGCUUCACCUUUGUGGAUGGGUUCCGUGUGCGCGUGCUGCAUGCGCGUCUUUUCCUGAGUUGCAAAGCGGACUCCAUCUGGAAGAACGGAUUGGGUUUUCCUUCUCUUUUUCCUGAUCUUUCCCUCCCCAGAGCCGGGGCAUGAGCAGACGCUGGCACGUGCGCAGGUGAAUAGUUUACCUUUCCUCUGAUCAGAACUUUCUGCUUGUCACGGAUAAAAAGUGCUAAAAGUUCCAAGAUGUCGAAGCCCGCCGAUCACAUCAAGAGACCCAUGAACGCCUUCAUGGUGUGGUCCCGGGGCCAGCGGAGGAAAAUGGCCCAGGAGAACCCCAAAAUGCACAACUCGGAGAUCAGCAAAAGACUCGGCGCCGAGUGGAAGCUGCUCUCCGAGUCCGAGAAGAGACCCUACAUCGACGAGGCCAAGAGGCUGCGUGCGCAACACAUGAAGGAGCACCCCGACUACAAGUACCGGCCGCGGCGCAAACCCAAGAACCUGCUGAAGAAGGACCGCUACGUUUUCCCGUUGCCUUACCUGGGGGACACCGACCACCUGAAGGGACUUCCGGUGUCCGCCGCGGAUUCUCUGCUGGGCUCGUCGGAGAAAGCGCGCGCGUUCCUGCCGCCCACCUCCGCGCCCUACUCCUUCCUCGACCCGAGCCAGUUCAGCUCCAGCGCCAUCCAGAAGAUGACGGAGAUGCCGCACACGUUGAGCACCAGCACUUUGCCCUACGCGUCCUCGUUGGGAUACCAGAACGGCGCGUUCGGCACCCUCGGGUGCCCCAGUCAGCACACCCACACCCACCCGUCGCCCACAAACCCGGGCUACGUCGUCCCGUGUAACUGCACGGCCUGGUCAGCUUCGAGUUUACAGCCCCCGGUGGCCUACAUACUUUUCCCAGGUAUGACCAAGACUGGAAUUGACCCGUAUUCAUCCGCGCACGCCGCUGCCAUGUAACCCCACUGACUCUCCUGCUCUUUUUAUGUCACUUGAAUACUGAAAUGCAUGUACAUAGGUAUGGACAGCGCACCCCGGUCAAAGGCACGAACAGUAUUCACUGGUUGUGGCCAAAAAAGAGGAAACAAAAACUUUUUCUCAGCCAGUUCUUGAACUGUAAGAAAUGUAAAUGUUAUAACGUUUAUGGCAACCAGAAAAAGGAGGCCUUUAACUUUAUUUAUGAUGUACAUUUUAAUGUGUUGGUUAUCGAUAGGCUGCUCUUUUACUUUGAAAAUUGGCUUGCACAUUUCCUGUAAAGCAGCCCCCGUUUUUCCAUCAUCUGCUUCACUUACGGGUUUUUCCUUUUUAUAUUUAUUGGAAAAUUCGAAAGUCUAUUUAAAAUGACAAAAAAGAAAGAAAAAAAAGACACAUUUCUAUUAAGAUGUUUCAUUUUUGCUUUCAUUUCUGUGGUUAAGUGCAAAUAUAGUCCCACGCGUCAUUUCAUUUUUGUUGCUAUUUUAUUUUUUUAAUUAAUUUUGAGGAUAACUUCUAUUUGAAUUGGAUGUGUAUUUUCUAUCUAAGAUUUAAAACAUGUCAUGUUAUGGAAAGGAUAAUGUAUCUAGAAGGUUGAUACCUCCUGAUCUUUGUUCAAGUGCUGAGCAAAGACGUUUUGAAUAAAGACAAUCUGUCUUCAAACGCACCAAUUUCCUGUAUUUGUAGGUUAUUAAAUUACGGAGAUUACCUGUCAAAAUAAAAGCUCAAUUACAAAAAAAUGCGUUUAUU